AUGACUGUUCCACGCACGCACAAGCGAUCAACCCUGGUGACGAACAACGAUGGCACCCCUCGCGGCCCACCGUCCCCGCUGGACGACAAGCUGAUCGUGCUAUUCGACAUCGACAACACUCUCUACUCGAAGGAGGCUGGGAUUGCGGAGCUGAUGAAGGAUAAGAUUCGAGCGUACUUUCGCAAGUUGGGCUUGACGGAGGAGGAAGCGGCGCACCUGCACCACGAGUACUACAAGACGUACGGCCUGGCGAUCCGAGGACUCGUGCGGCAUCACAAGGUCGACCCGCUCGACUACGACAAACACUGCGACCAGGCUCUUCCCCUCGAAACCGUUCUCAAGGUCGACCCUCGACUACAACAGCUGCUGCGAGACAUCGAUCGGGAGAAGUGUCAUGUUUGGGCGUUGACGAAUGCCUAUGUCAACCAUGCUGUCCGAGUAUUGAAGCUGCUAGGCAUCUCGGAAUUCUUCGAGGGAAUCGUCUCGUGCGACUACGGAGCGGGCGACUUUUCCUGCAAGCCUGAAGCAGAGUUUUUCCAAGAAUCCGUCGAAGCCGUCUCCUCCCCUCCUCCGCCCCUCUCCCGCCUCUACUUCGUCGACGACUCGGCCCUCAACAUCCGCGGCGCGAACGCGCUUGGCUGGGGUCACUGCGUGCUGUUUGACGAGGCGGGAGCAGAGGAGAACCGGCUAGAGGAUCUGGACAAGAUGCCGCUUGAUGAGGACAAGGAGGGACCGGCGAAGGAGGCGGCGCGAGUGAGCGUCAUUAGCGACCUAGAAGAACUGCGACAUGUCUGGCGCGAGGUCUUCAAGAGUCCCUCAGCCAACGGGUCCUCCUAG